CAAUUUCCGAACUUGACUUUCUAAGCCUAUCUCUCAAUCAUGAAGCUCAGCAUUAUCUUGGCAUUUUUGCCCUUCCUUUCUGCGGCUUUGGCACUGCCUCAACCAUAUGCCGUUGCCCAACGUGACAUCGAGUCAAUCAAGAGAGAUAUCGAAUCUAUCAAGAAAAGAGAGCCUGAGCCGGUUGUCGGAAGAGACAUCGAGUCAAUUAAGAGGGACAUCGAGUCGAUCAAGAAGAGAGAGCCUGACAUCGAGUCAAUCAAGCGGGAUAUCGAAUCCAUCAAGAAGCGAGAUAUUGAGUCGAUCAAGAGAGAUAUUGAGUCUAUCAAGAAGCGCGACAUUGAGUCUAUCAAAGUCCGUGAUAUUGAGUCGAUCAAGAGGGACAUUGAGUCGAUCAAGAAGCGUGACAUUGAAUCUAUCAAGAAGAGAGACAUCGAGUCGAUCAAGAGGGACAUUGAGUCCAUCAAAAAGCGUGAUAUUGAGUCCAUCAAGAAGCGCGAUAUCGAGUCGAUCAAAUAGAUGGACUCAGAAUGUCGACUACUGACAGAGCACUUGGACAAUGGAGCAUAUGAAUCGGCUUCGUUUUCUUGGGGGAGGUGUUUUCCUUCACUUUUUACAGUAUGGUCAGCCGCUGGUUCAACAAUCAUAUUAUGAGCAGUUGAAUGACUCAGCGGAGGAAAAGAGGGGACGGUUUCAUAGCAAUGUGUCUGGG